UUCCACCAUUUGCCUACCAGCCCAGCCCACACUCCCUGGUCCAGGAAGGAGGAGCUCACACACUUCUCCCAUGCCCCCUGUUUUCUUUGUGCAGAAAUGCUACCUAGCCCCCAGUCCUGACACUCUUCUCACAGGGUCUCUGCUCUCUUCAGGAAGAGGAGACACAUUCACCAUCAAUUGCUCAGGCUUUGACCGGCAUGGAGUGGAUCCUGUUGCCUUCCAAGCAGUGUUUGACAGAAAGGCCUUCCGUCCAGUCAUCAACUAUAGCAUCCCCACUCGUGUCAACAUCUCCUUCACUAUGUCAGCCAUUGCAAUGAUCCCAGGUGAAAAUUGUUUUUUCAGGAUGCACAGCUUCAACUGCCUAUUGGUCUCACACCAUGCUUUCCUAUAGUUCUGGUACAAUCCAUUCAUCACGUGGAACCCAGAGGAAUGUGGGGGCAUCAGGAAGAUCAGCAUAGCAGCUGAGAAUCUUUGGCUUCCGGAUAUCUUCAUCGAGGAGUUUAUGGAUAUGGAUCAGACAGCUACAGGUCUCAUGGUUAUGUCAACAGUGAAGGUCUCAUCAAAUAUGAUAAGCCAAUGCGGGUGGUCAGCAUUUGUAACCUGGACAUCUUCUAUUUCCCCUUUGAUGAACAGAACUGCGGCAUGGAGAAGAAAGUGCAGGAGAUUUCGAACACAUCACAGGACCUCAUUCGGAGCAAGGGAGUGGGUACUUCUGGAUAUCCACCAGAGAAUGAUGAAGAUGACUGUGGGCACCAACCAGUAUGACCAAAUCAUUUUCUAUGUUGCCAUCAGGCGCAGGCCCAGACUCUAUGUUAUAAACCUUCUGGUGCCCAGUGGCUUUCUGGUUGCCAUUGACGCCCUCAGCUUCUACCUGCCAAUAGAAAGUGAGAAUCGUGCCCCAUUCAAGAUGACACUUCUGCUGGGCUACAACGUCUUCCUGCUCAUGAUGAAUGACUUACUCCCUGCAACUGGCACCCCCCUCAUCAGUAUGGUCCCUUCCUCCAUCAGGAGAAUGAAAGCAAAGUGGGCGUGGGGUGUCUACUUUGCCCUGUGUCUGUCCCUGAUGGUGGUCAGCCUACUAGAGACCAUCUUCAUCACCUACCUGUUGCACCUGGCCACCACCCAGCCCCCACCCAUGCCUCAGUGGCUCCAUUCUCUCCUCCUCUACUGUACCAGCCCAACAAAAUGCUGCCCCACUGCACCCCAGAAGGGAAAUAAGGGCCUAGGCCUCACCCCCACCCAUCUGCCUGGUGUGAAGGAGCCUGUGGAGUUGGUGGGGAAGGUGCCAGGUCCCAGAGAGGCAGAGUUAAAUGGGUGCCCUGGGUCAACAAGGGCCCAACAAGAAUAUGAGGCUCAGAAGCGGCACUUGGUCAACCUGUGGAUAGAGUUCAGCCACAUGAUGGACACCCUGCUCUUCCGCCUCUACCUGCUCUUCAUGGCCACCUCCAUCAUCACAGUCAUCGUCCUCUGGAACACCUAGGCAAAUGCCCAUCUGCAAGCUCCAGUCUGGAGCUUCUCUUGCCUCUGGAAACCAUCCAAGCUCCCAUGUGUGUCCAAGUCCCAGCCUCACAGGCCUGGCAACCACCUUGUUUUCUGCUCAAUCCUUCUGUCCGGUUUCAGACCAGACCUGGAUGAUUGCCUAUGCCUCCCAGGAUUAGGUCCUUGCUCCUGCACUCCAUCAGCUCCCGUCAGCACUCCCAUAAGUGAUGGCCGCCUGCCUCAUCAGGAUUCAAGUUCCUGGAAUACUUUCUUGAUUUGAAUCAUCCCCAAUAAAC